GUGGGCGUGGGCGUGGGGCGGGUUGGAGCCCGUGGCGGCUGAGGGCCCUGCGCGGGGCGGGCGCGGGAGCGGCUGGGGCGGCGCGGCCCGCGUGACCCUCCGCUGCUCCCCGUGCGCUCGCGAGCCCGCGCCCCGCAGCGCCGGCCCAGCCGCAGGAUGCGCGCUCCGCCGCUGCUGUUGCUGCUGGCCACCUGCGCGCCGCCCUCCGGCGCCGCUGUGGUCCCGACGCCGCCGGGCUGGGAGCCGGCUUCCGACGCGCCCUGGUGCCCCUACAAGGUGCUGUCCGAGGGCCCCGAGGCGGGCGGUGGGCGCCUAUGCUUUCGCAGCCCCGCUCGGGGCUUCCGCUGCCAGGCGCCGGGCUGCGUGACGCUGGUCUCGGCGGGUGGUUCUCUGCGCGCCCACGUCCUGCGCAACCGCAGCGUGUUGCUGCAGUGGCGACUGGCUCCGGCCGAGGCGCGCCGCGUGCGAGUCUUCGCGCUGAACUGCUCGUGGCGUGGCACCUACACACGCUUCCCGUGCGAUCGCGUGCUGUUGGGCGCCUCCUGCCGCGACUACCUGCUGCCCGACGUGCACGACAGCGUGCGCUAUCGCUUGUGCCUGCAGCCGCUGCCGCUGCGCGCCGAGCUCGCCGCCACCCAGCCAGAGUUCGCCGAGUGCGUGGAGUUCACCGCCGAACCGGCAGCUAUGCAGGAGAUCGUGGUGGCCAUGACGGCGGUGGGCGGCUCCAUCUGUGUCAUGCUGGUGGUCAUCUGCUUGCUGGUGGCCUACAUCACCGAGAACCUCAUGCACCCGACCUUCCGGCGACCCAGUCUGCGCAGGCAGUCCUGAAGCGCAAGGCGACCCGCCCAUCUGGGUUCCACCUGCCUAAAUGUGCUGAGACCCUAGGCCCUUUCCCUGCUUCCCUCUCAUUCUCUCUCCCUCUUUACGAUGCCCAUGGAGGGCCUAAUGGAGACUAGCCCAUGCAGGGACCUUGUCAUCAUCCACGACCUUGCCAGCCCCAGCUGGAUGUCCGCUUUCCAGACUCAGGCCUCAGACUGGCCAUGGGGCCCAGACUAGAGUGUCAGCCGCGUCCAGGGAUCUUCCCCAUCUCUAGAGUCCUUUUCGGGCCAGCCAGAAUAUACAGCCCCUCUGUCAAGAGCCACUCACUGGCACCCAGGAUCAUCAACCUGAACUUUCUUCCCGUGCCAGGUUGUCAGAGCUUGGUCGUGAUCGUUGCCUGGUCCCUUUGUGCUUCGCAGAGGGGGAGGAGUGACCUCUGGAUCCUGUACCCACCCCACCUUACCCAGUGGGCUUAGGUUAGCUUUGUGCCUUAGUUUCUCUGCCCCACUGCAGGAGCCACCCAUCAUCCCUCAGCUGUCCAUAGGGAAUUGUGGCUCUGAGACUGGCUGGCUUAUGCAUGCUUCUGGCCAGAGGCCCACUGAGGACACACCAGCUUCGAGAUUUUCAGGAGUCUGGGGCAGGGGUUCACAGGUCCUGUUUUGUCUUCCUAUGUGGGUGUCCGAGAAGCCAAGAGCCAUGAUGUAGCUCAGCAGACUGGGCCCAACGUCCAGCUGCUGCAUCCAGGGAGUGGAGAGCCUGAGAUCUGACCCCAGUGACGUUGCCCCUCCAUCUGAAUGGGCAGAGGUUGGCCGUGCCUACCUCCUGGCACACAAAGGCACCUGGCUGAGGUCACCCAGCCAUCUGAUGAUACUGGGCACUGGAAAGGGUAAGGCUCUGAGCACUGGACUUGACCCUGGCUAUUUUCCCUCCACUCGCACCCCAGCGACCACGAUGACCUGAGCCCUGGCUGGCAGCACUGUACCCUACCUCUCUGUCUUUGCUCUGCCUGCUCCCCAAGAGGCACUGGUCAGUUGCCAACAUCUAAAUGUCCAUCACUCUCAGACCAAAAACACUGUCUUGUGUGUUUAUUUGGGAUGUUGGAGGGAAGGUGAUGCGGGUAAGGGAAGGGCCUCUCGAGCAUCAGUCCAGUGGCUGGCCCUGAACCUUUCCCGGUGGGGAUGGGAUGGGGGUCAGCCCCAGGCAGUGUUCACUGAAAUGAUGACUUGACAGUUCUGGCAAAAGGACAGGUAGGGUGUCCAUAGCUUGUUUGUCCACCCCCAGACCUUGGGAAAGCAUCUCUUCCUAGGCCAGCCGUACUGGGCAUGGGGGUGGGGGAUGGGACUGGCAGUGGUUCGAAACAGCCUCAACAUACAGUGAUGAGCCAUUUGAACUGUGAGAAGCAGCAGGCAGGCAGCACUAGAAAGGGGUACCCUCUCCAGCAUGGGGCUACUGCGUGAGCCACUCACUCUUCACCUGGAAUGUCCUUGGGACUCUUGAGCUCCUGUGACCCCGAAGAAAGCAAAAGCACAGGCAGGAAUGAGCCAGCUCGGAUGAGUGACUCAUCUCGAGGGGGUGGGAGAAGGGUUGUGGGUGUACGGAUGUGCCUGCACUCAUCUGAGGGGUGGAGGACAUAGCAGGCUGUCUAGACAGCCAGGACAGAAAUGGGAGGAGUUUGCAGUACAGCUGCUGUUCUUUGGGGGACCUAGGCUGUUUUUAUGAGGUGUAUUCUGGUGUCUUCAGCCAGCAUGGACAGAAGUUGGUGUUCUGGAAGUGCCGUAUCUGAAGUACCGUAGUGUCCAGCUUCUAGCUCCCUGGGCACAGUCUGGUGCUAACAUUCUAUGUGCCCUCCUUUGGCCCUCAACAGGAUUCAACUGUAGCUCAGUGUUUAGAAUGCUUUCCUAACACUGAAAAGGUUCUGGGUUCAAUCUCCAGCACCGUAUAAAUUGGGAACCAUGGCAGACAUCUGUAACCCCAACACUCAGGACGUGGCGAGUGGAGGAUAAGCAGCUCAAAGUCAGAUGAACGUGAUGGUGCAUGUCCUUGAUUCCAGAAAUUGGCCAGAGGCGUGCAGAUCUCUGCAUUCCUGACCAAUCUGGUCUACAAAGUGAGUUCCAGGACAACCAGGAAUGUCACACAGAGAAACCCAGCCUCGAAGAACCAGAAAAAAAGUUAAAGGCCAGGGAGAAAGAAAAACAACACUGUAGAUCUUAGUGCGUAAAUGUGGCUAGUGUGACUGAGGAAAAUUUUGCUUUUCAGAUAGGGUUUCUUUAUGUAGUCCUGACUGCCACGAAGCUUGCUCUGUAGACCAGGCUGGCCUUGAACUCCCAGAGAUCUGCAGCUGGUUCCCCUGGCUGCUGAGAUUAAAGUGUGAGACUCCACCUCCUGAGUAUUGCAGAUGUGUACCACCGCUCCUGCCUGCCUUGACAGUCCUCUUCCUCUUCCCUCUUUCUCUCCCUCCCUGCCCCUCCUGUUUUAUUUUUUGAGACAGUCUCUUGUAGCCCCAGAUAGUUUCCAACUCAUUAAUCAAGAAUGAGCUUGAGGGGGCUGGAGAGAUGGCUCAGAGGUUGAAAGCAUUGACGGCUCUUCCAGAGGUCCUGAGUUAAAUUCCCAGCAACCAUAUGGUGGCUCACAACCAUCUGUAAUUCGAUCGGGUUUCCUCUUCUGGCAUGCAAACAGAACACUGUAUAAAUAAUAAAAGAAAAAAGAAACUAUUUAUUAAAAAAUGAGCUUGAACUUUGACCCUCCUUCCUUGGCCUCUCAGGUGCUGAAGUAAUUGAUGUCCCACCGGACAUGACCUUAUAUAGUGCUGGGUAUCAGAUCUAACGUUUUGUAUCUAGGUAAGCAUUCUACCAACUGAGUUUCAUCCCCCAUCCCAGUUUUGAAGUUUCUAGUUAUACCUUCAGCUUCUCUGAUCUUCUAUUCUACAGGGAAUAAUUUACCAUUAAUCCUAUCCAGUGCCAGGUGGUGGUGGCACACGCUUUUAAUCCCAGCACUUGAGAGGAAGAGGCAAGGAAUCUCUGUGAGCUCGAGGCCAGCCUGGUCUACAAAGCAAGUUCCAGGACAGUCAAUGCUGUUGUGCAAAGAGACCGUCUCAAAACAACAACAAAAUCAUGCCCAGGACCUUUUUUUCUAUUUGAUACACAAUAUGUAUCAUAAAAGAACAAAUUAAUUUAAAAACUACAAAAUUUAAGAUAGGUGUGGUGGUUCAAACAUAUAGUCCCAGAAGAUGGAAAUGUGGAGUCAGGAAAAUUAGAAGUUCCAGGGCAGUCUUGGCAAUUUGAGACUAUCUCAAAAAACAAAACACAGGUUGGUGAGAAAGGCACACUAGGCAAAGGACCUGUCAAGCCCGAGGAUCUGAUUUGAUUCUGAGGAUUCACACAGUGAAGGAAGUGCAGUAGUUUCUAAGAUUGUUGUCAGCCCCUGCAUGUGCAUGGUCCAUGUGCACACACACAAAAUAAAGGAAUGUAAAAAAAAUUUAAAUCUCUGCCUAUGAGCCGGGAAGUGGUACCACACACCUUUAAUCCCAGCACUCGGGAGCAAAGGCAGGCGGAUCUCUGCGAAUUUGAGGCUAGCCUGGUCUUCAAGAGCUAGUUCCAGGACAGACUCCAAAGCUACAGAGAAACCCUGUUUCAAAAAACAAAACAAACCACAAAACAAAAAACAAACAAAGUCUCUGCCUAUUGCCAAACAUGGUGGAAUAGUCACAUGACUUCAUUACUUUGUAGGCUGAGGCAAGAGGAUUGCUUUAACCAGCCUGGUUACAGAGUAAGCUCCUGUCUAUGCUAGGGAUUAAAUUUAGGUCCUACAUGUUGGUCAAGUGCUCCUUCCACUGAAGCUGCGCCCUCAUCCCCUCAACAGUUUUCCUUCCUAUGUUUCUUCUUCCCUUCCUUUCUUCUUUUAUUUAUUGUUGAGACAAACUCUCACUGUGAAGUCAUGGCUGUGCUGGAACUUGCUAGAUAGACAAGUCUGGCCUAGAACUGACAAAGAUUCCCCUGCCUCUGCCUCCAGGAUGCUGGGACAGAAGACGUGUGCCACAAUGCCUGGCCUCUUGACAUUUUCUUAACCCAAAUGCAUACACACACACACAUGCAGGCUGGGCAUGGUGGCACAUGCCUGUAAUUCCAGCACUCAGGUGGGGGAGAGUGAGACAGGAGGAUUACAAAUUUGAAGCUAGCUUGGGCUGCACAGUGAGACCCCGCCAUCAAAGCUCAAAAGAAAAAAAAAAAGGAAAGAAAACCUCUUCUCUAUUCUAUCUGCAGGUACUAACUCAAGCAAAAUAAAAGUAUUUGUAUGAAUUGUUCACACACAUAUAAGGUAUCUGUAAUAGCCCGAGACUAGAGACGAGAUAGCCCAAAUACCCGUCUGCAGAUGACUGAACAAAAUAUGCUAUGUUUAAACAAUGACAAGCAACAUGGCAAUAAGGAAACUUGGCAUGGUGGCGUGUGCCUCUAAUCCCAACACUUGGGAAGCAGAGCAAGUUCAAAGACUGCCAGGGUUACACAGAAAAACCCUGUCUCCAAAAUAAAUAAAUCAAAAUAAAAGAUAGGCACUGGUGAUGUGAGGGAGAGGGUCAGGAACUCAAGGUAAUUAUCACAUAUAUGUUGACUUUCUUUGUGUUUGUUUGUUUUUUGAGACAGGGUUUCUCCGUGUAACAGCCCUAGCUGUCCUGGAACUAGCUCUUGUAGACUAGGCUGGCCUCGAAUUUACAGAGAUCUGCCUGCCUCUGCCUCCCGAGUGCUGGGAUUAAAGGUGCGCACGGCCACCACCACCUGGUUUAUAUAUAUGGACUUUGAUGCUAGCCUGGACUACAUGAUACUUUGUAACUCUAAAAUGCACAGAUUAUAGUAAGAGGAAACACUGUUACUGCUGUCUGGGUAGUAGUGAGUUGUCUGGGGAGAUGACUGAGUGUUGGAAGAGGGGAAGGCAGAAAAGGUUACAAAGUGGUAUGAAGAAAAACAUGUUUUGUUGAUUUCGUAGGUAUAGUCAUAUAUCUAGAAAGAUAACCCAAGUUUUUUCACUUAAAUGCUAUAUUCGUGAUUUACUAGGUUAGUUUUAUUAUUCUGGCUAUAAAACAUUGUUCUAGACAGACAUGGUAGCAUUUUAAUCCCAGCACUUGGGAGUUUGAGGCCAACCUGGUGUGCAGAGUGAGUUCCACACCAGCCAGGGCUACAUAGAGAGACCCUGUCUUAAAAAACAAACAAACAAACAAAAAACAACUGCCCUCGGUUUGGAGAAUUGGCUCAACAUUUAAGAGAAAUAGUUGGUAUUCCAGAAGAUCUAGGUUGGAUUUCUAGCACCCAUGUGGUGGCUCACAACCAUCUGUAAGGAUAGUCUCAGGGAUUCUGAUGUUCUUUUCAGGCCUCCGGGGGCUCCAGUCAUACACACACACACACACAGAGUUUUUCAGGUUAGGUUUCCCACAUCAUACUUUUUAAAAAAUAUUUUUAUUUAACUUUAUUUUAUGUGCAUUGGUGUGAAGGUGUCAGAUCCCCUGCAACUGGAUCUUCAGACAGUUGUGAGCUGCCAUGUGGGUGCUGGGAAUUGAACCCGGGUCCUCUGGAAGAACAGUCAGUGCUCUUAACUACAGAGCCAUCUCUCCAUCCCCCACAUAAUACUUUGAGACAGUGACAAAGUCCAACUCAGCAGUCUUGGUGGGUUGAAUACCCAGUGUGCCCCAAGCUGUGAUGUCACUUCAGCCCUUGCCUUCAGUACGAUCUGGGAGCACUCAGGUGAAGACCUAUGAAGAGACAGUAGCUUUUGUUUUGCUUUGCUUUAGAGAUAGAGAUCAGGUAGCCUAGACUGGCCUCAAAUUCUCUGUAGCUGAGAUUAACCCUGAACUGAUUCUCCUGUGCCCAUGACCUAAAUACUGAGAUUAUAGGCAUGUACCAUCCUACCCAGUUUGGGACAGGUCUAUGCAUAGUAAAAGAUGGGAUGAAGAUGGAUGGUAGAACUCUUGUUCAGCAUGUGUAAGGCCCUAGGUUUCAUGUAUGUGUGUAUGUAUGUGUGUGUGUAUGUAUGUAUGUAUUAUGUAUGUACGUAAGCAUUUAUACAUGAACUCCUUGAGGGCUCAGAUUCUAUAAGCAGAGCAUAUAGCUCCAGAAAGAACAAUCAGAAACACAUGGGCAGGUUGAAUGUGGUGUUGGGGGCAAAGGACAGUGGGGUGAGGAAGCAGGAGGGGAAGGCUUUCUGAAAGAAGGGCAUCAGUUCUACUCAGUCAGUGACUAAGGUGACUGAGCUAUAGCUGGGCGAGCAGGGCAGGUGUCUACUAAAGAGACAACAGAUGGGAGCAGCUUGUGCACCACAGAAAAAGGCAUGGGAUGAGCAGGUAUGUAGCUGUUCAGCCAAGUUCCAAGACAGAGCAGAGAGGGGAGAGGUUGGUGUCAAGACAGUAAUGCCUUGGCUGUGCUGGGAUUAAAGGUGUGCACCACCACCACCCAGCUCAAUCCUUAUUCUCAAAUGACUGCCCAGUUUCACUUUGACAUUCUCAGUUUGGUAAAGAUUCCUUGGACAUUGAUAACUAUUCCUUGGUCCCACAUACAGGUUUUUUUUUUUAAAUUUCGUUUUGCUUUCGUUGUUUAGACAAAUUCUCUCUACCAGCCAGGUGGUGUGGUACCUGCCUUUAAUUCCAGCACUUGGGAGGCAGAGACAGGCAGAUCUCUGUGAAUUUCAGGUCAGCCUGAUCUACAUAGGGAGUUCCAGGGCAGAGCUAUACAUUGAGACUGUCUCAAAAUACCAGAAACAAAACACAACAACAACAACAAAAAAAAACCCCAACCAACCAAAAGCCCAAAACAAACAAUCAAAAAGGUACACCAUUCCUAGCAAUGGGAUCUUAAAACAGUAAAUAUUGCAAAAGUGGGGAACGUGUCUUCAUUCAUGCCUCAAGCCCCAAAGUCUGACAAAACAAAUGAAUGCUUCUUCCUUUCUUCCCUGGGGUUUUUUAGGGUUUCUGUGUAGCCCUGGCUGUUCUGAGUUAAAGUACUGGGAUUAAAGGCAUGCACUGUCACCUGGCUCACGUGAUUCUUUAUACUGUCCCCUUGACCGCAUCAGAGAGGCCCUUAAGGAUAUUUGGCACCUGGUUUUAACAGAGUCCCAGACUUUAGCACUGACUGUUGGCAUGCUAGACACCAUUCUGCCCUUAAACCUCGCACAUGGGCCCCGAUACCUACCAAAAUAGAAACAAAGACGUGUUCCAUAGUUCCAGAAGAGUCCCUAAGAAAAAGUCCCUAAAUGUACUAAUCUUGCUUUUUGGCUUCUGUAGUUCUGCUUCUUGAUAACUGAAAUGUGCCAAACAAGAUAUGUGUUUUGUACA